AUGGAUUCAAGCCCUCAACCAGACAGAUUAUCACUCCUACCUGACGUGCUUCUGAUCAUAAUCAUCUCUUGCUUGCCCUUCAAGGAAUGUGUGCGAACCAGUGUUCACUCGAGGCGCUGGGAGAAACUCUGCCACGAUACCAGGAACAUUGCUUUUAAGUUCUCUGAGUACCGGACUGACGAAGUCUUAAACGAGGCUAGGGCUUCGUUUGUUCAGCACAUGCUUCAUUGGGUCGCUAGGUUUCAAGGUCAAGUCAUCGAAAGUUUCGAGAUUUCUAUCUACAUUCCUUCGGAGUUUCUGGCGGAGAUCGAGUCACUGGUGGAAUUCGCCGUAGAGAAAAAUGUUCAGAACUUAGUUCUUGAUUUCUCGCACCCUGCUUGGAGAACAUACAAUGAUGCAUCAAUGAAUGACAUUGUUGUUAAGUUACCUGCAUGCGUCUACGAUUUAGCAACCCUCGUGUCACUGAAGAUUUACUCGUGCAAGUUUGACCUCUCGAGAUUCGCAAAUCCGAGGAUCUUGAAAAGGCUCUCUAUUGGUUGGAUCAAACUCAAAAAGGUCCAACAUUUGCUAGCAGAUUCUUUUAUGCUCGAGAGUCUAAGUUUCAACUACUGCUGGGGACUUGAUGAUAUGAUGGUAUCUGGGCAAAUGAGGGAAUUCGUCUUUGAGAAUUGCGACUUCCCUCUCAUGACUUGUUACUUUGACCUGCCGAAUGUAGAUAUAUUCAAAUACUCAGGACAUAUUAUAUGCCUUGAAUUCGACAGAUUGAAUAAGGUCAUUAAAGAAGUAUACUUGGACUUUGCCGUAGAGCGUGAAUAUGAUGAACCAACCCACUCAACCAAUGCAGAGGGAGAGAUUCUUUGCGGUUACCUCAAUAAUCUUCGAUCUGCUAGGACCUUAACGGUGUGCCCCUAUCUCCUUCAGGCGACCCCAGAAGCUGUACAUCCGGUCCAUAUGCUUCAUCCUGUGGAAACACAACAUUUGGUGCUGAGAACGAGGAUGCAUCCGAAAGAAUAUGAGGGAAUAAGGCUCCUUCUCAAUAAUUGCCCAAAUUUGGAAACGCUAACUUUCGAUAUUCUUCCUCCAAGCCAUUUCAUGACGUCUUUGACAUAUGCGGGCAUUGAUCCAAAAACAUAUUGGCUUCAGAACGUAACUUAUAAGUGUUUGAGNGAGACACUUAAGGCCGUGGUGGUUAAGAACUUUGGUGGAGGCUCUAACGAGUUAAAUGUGUUGAAGUAUUUGAUUAGGUCUGGUCGUGGAGUUGGGGCUGUAUUGGAAAGAGUUGACCUCUACGUGGCAAAUGGGUUAGAGGGAGGUCUAAGGAUGGUGGCUCUUAUCGGAGCUGAGAUGUUGCAAAGAACAUCGAAGCGUGUGCAAGUUCUUGUGCACAACCUUUGA